UACAGAAAACUCCAACCGAACAGCAAAUGCAGGCAACUGCAUUUGAGGUGAAAAGGCUACUGAUUCCCGGAAAGCAGAAAGAGGCUUUACGGGCUGCCCAAGACGGGCAACUUUGGGGAUGUGCUCUUCUUAUGGCCCGGCAGCUGGGAGAGAAGUUCUACACACUAUAGUGGAGAUGGCUCAACGUCAGUUUCAACCCUCCGGACUCUAACUCUUCUUUAUGCUGGUCAACAUGCUGGAGUGUUCGUAGGGAACACUAAUUCGUCGAACGUAACAGCGCUUCAACCUCAACCGGUUCCAGCGUCCGCUGUAGAUGGUGCAACACAGGACGCAGUAGAAGGAAUGCUCGAAGAAUGGCAGGAAAACCUGGCUAUAAUGGCAGUUAACCGAACUAAUGGGGACGAGAGAGUGGUUAUGCAUCUUGGUGAUUGUCGCUGGAGACAUCGAGAUGAGGUAUAUACACGGUCACACGUUGAUGUUUCUCAUAGUUUUAACUUGCAGAUAUGUGGAGCCCAUAUUUGCUAUCGUGUUCCAAAUGCUAGUUUUGAGCCUUUCUCUACUUCUGCCAGACUUUGUCUUAUAGCUGCCGACCAUUGUUUCCACGCACGUACGCUAGUCCAGAAGCUAUCCAGGUAAGCCGUGUUUGUCCUCAAUAACAAUUGUUAACCUUUUCUUCAUCAGCGAAUGGAAGUGUACGAAUUUGCAAGAAUGACCAGCAAUUCCCAGUUUAUUUUACUUCCUUUUCAGCCAUACAAGCUUAUUUAUGCGUCGAUGCUUGCUGAAGCUGGAAAGAUAAACGAAGCUUUAAGCUGAUGUGUGCAAAGAAGCGGCUGUAGCCUUGGAAGAGCGUCUUCGUAUCCACUCUCAGGGAGGCUCGACGUCAAUUGUGCAACGGUUUUUUGGCAAUAUUGGUCUACACAAGAUGAUAGGCCCUUCGCCCCCGAAAGCUUCCGAUAAUGCUGAUAUUAAUAACCGUCCCGCAACAGCUUCUAGCAAAAGCAGUGUAUCACUUGCCUCGUCAGCAUCAAUGGAACCCAUAAGUGAUAACACGAGAAGAUCCAAGAAGCAUUUCUGAGACUGAGUUUAGGCCUGCACAGAUCGUUAGUCCAGCGAAAGGAAUGCCAAACAGAGGCGUCUUUACUUCUUUCGUGCAAAGAGCGAUGGGCUUCAUAAAAACACCAUCGAAGGAGGCAAAGCUUGGCGACAGCAACAAGUUUAGAUACGACGAGACACUGAAGCGCUGGGUUGAAGAAGGAGCCGAGGCACAAGCGCCAGACCUUCCGUUGGCUCCUCCUCCCACGGCAAACAAGCUCGUCUCGCGCGUGGAGGAGAACGGCGCUCCUAUUUCCAUGUCUCCAGAGAGACCACAGCCAACUCCAGAAAGGCCGCAACCGGUUGUGAGUGGAAUCCCACCAAUGCCUCCGAGCAGUAACCAGUAUGCAGCUCGCACACGUCAAAACGUUAGAUCAAGAUAUGUCGAUACAUUCAACAAAGGUAGCGUAACACCAUCCAAGACAUCAUCGGACUCUCCUCCACUGUUUGGCGUGGUGCCAAAGGCAAGCGCAAAGCCUUUGGCUCCAGCGAGAUUUUUCGUGCCUGCGGCCGCUGCUGCCGCUGCUCCAGAUAUCAUCAACAGCAACCAUUCGGUGGAUCCUUCCUCGGCACCAGACUUUGUCUCGACACGGCGUUCUCAAACGGGAAUGGAGCAUUCGCUCAGCCGGUUGUACAGGAUAUGAGAAACGAUCCGGGGCCAACGCCUGAUCAUCUCUCGAGCAGCUCUUCGCCAGCAAUGUUCUAUUCGAAUCACUAUCCAGCAGCACCGUCGACCGUCUCGUUGCCGCCACCUCCAGCUCUGGAAGUCACUCCGCCAGUGAUGGUCGAGCAGCAGCAGCAAAACCAACACCAGGAAAGUUCGAUUCAUCGGCACCACCAUCAACAGUCCGGCACAGUGGGAUUCGAAGCUGCCAGUUCCUCCGGAGUGUUUGGAGACGACUUGCAAGAGGUGGAAUUGUAAAUCACACUCCACAAGUAAGUAGUGUUGCUGGGUGGAUUUUGGUA